UAGCAACGCAAGUAAAAAUCCAUUAUGAGCGGGAACGGAAUAUGCCAGGGAUUCACAUCAGCCUUUGUUUUAGGAAAGGCGGCUUGGCGAGUUGCCGCAUCAGCCAGCCGAUUCAAGUUGAGAACCAAAUCCCAAGGUGCAAAGGCGCUCGCUAUAACAAUUUAGCCUCAUCCCGUCCGACUCUUCACCGCAAGUCUGAGUCCUUCAGACGCCUCAGAGUCCGGCCAUGUCUGAAAAGAAAGCCCCAGCAAAAAGGAGAAGCAGGGCUACAAUUAAAGCCGAAGACGACACCCACACCCCAAAUUUAACGGGUCCACAACCAACUACGAGUACCUCUCGGAAACGAAAAGCCGCUAAUCCUGGAGCGAGAGACCUGUUGGAUGUACAUGCCAGCAGAGAAGAACGACGGUCUGAACUUGUAACAGUACCUUCUCAUAUUCUGGAGCGUCAGCGCCAUCGUCGUCCACACUCCCCGUCAGAUCCCCCAUAUCGCCGCAUGCCCACUGACAUACGCUCAGCGCGAAGACCCAGCGUACCGAACAUCACCCCACGACCACCACCGCGAUCACGGAGAUCGAGCAUGCCAGGCCCUGAACGCAACAUGCUGCAGCAUGCCUGGCAUACUGUCAUGACCACCGAUCCUCUCGUUGACUCAGAUGAGGAAUGUCACGAUAGUCACGUUCGAACAGACUAUAUCAAGAGGAUGCAGGUCAUCUCUCGCCUAAGAGGCAGGCCACCAACUCCCGAAGGAGAAGAGCCUGCAUACGGAACUCCAAUGACCGUACGGUCAUCACACUUCGAGGCCCAUGCUGGGCGUGUACCCUCUGUAUUCUGAAAACUUAGAAUUGAUAGACUGCGUCAUGUACUAUAUUGUCUACCUCCUUGUUCUUUUAGUUUGUUGUAUGUACUGGCUGUAUAGACUACACCUGGACAUCGGAACAUCCGGCAGUUUGAGCAAUUGAUUUGUAGCCUACAUUCAAUAUGCACAGAAUUCCAAAGUGUGUAAUGUAUAGUAUGCAAGGGAGGGGACGUGAGAGGUGCACCGAACAAAGACAAAGAAAAAG